CCUACUCAAUCGUCUUUGGCUAAGGUGAGGGAGAAAUUUGUCCCUCCUCCAACCCGUCCGUCCCCCGCCAUGUCACGUCCGGCCACGGCUAUGUCACGUCCUCCUACCGCCAUGUCUCGUCCGGCUACCGCCAUGUCACGUCCUCCUACCGCCAUGUCACGUCCGGCCACAGCCAUGUCACGUCCUCCUACCGCCAUGUCACGUUCGUCCACCGCCUUGUCACGUCCUCCUACCGCCAUGUCACGUCCGGCCACAGCUAUGUCACGUCCGGCC